UUCGCGGCACAGAAUCAAGAGAAAAACCAAAACAGCAGUUACCUUCCAAAGACUAAAGAGAAAACCAGAAUAAAUCUUUUAUUUCCCCCAUUGGAGCCCUCUUCAAAUCCGGUUUCUUAUGUCUCACCAAAAUCCGUAAAACCACCACGUUUCGAAGAAGAUAAGGGAGAGUAUGAAAAUGAACUUGACGAUGCUGUUCGUCACUUAAGUUUUUUGGCUUCAAUUUGUAUAGAUGGGGAAUGUAGUUGGCUCAGUCCUCGGUGGAGUUUCUGAAGUUUUAGGGAAACUUUUAGGCCAUCCACUUGAUUUCCUAUCUGGCAAAUCUUGCAGUUCUAAAUGUGGACCAACAUGGGAUCUCACGUGUUAUAUAGAAAACUUCUGCAUUGCUCAAUUGCUGAAGUUGGGUUUGGUCGUAGUUCUCUUGUACUUUGAAGCAUAUGGGCAUGCUGUGCUACCUGGUUCUCUGUGCUAGAAUUUUGUUGCACUUUCUUAUGUUCCAAGCUUGACAAGCACAACAGGAGAAGGAGAAGGCGAAGAAGAGAUAUUGAAGCAUCAGCAAC